CGCCAAAACAUAGAGCAGCUAAAUAGAAAAACCAUACACUUUGUAACGCUCAAGUAGUGAAAUUCAACGGAAAAUUAUAUUAUUUUUAUUUGACAAAAAAAAAGAAUUUUUAGUAUUACAUAAGAAAACCGAAAAUUAUGACUGAGUUAGACAAAAGUGCUCCAGCUGCAGCCAAAAAGUUGCUAACAAACGAAGAAUGCCAAAAAAUUCUAGCGAAAGCCUGUGAAACGGAGUUCAAGUGGCGGCUAGAAGACUUUCUACUGACGCCUGCGGAGAAUGCAAACGGUUAUCUUGGCGAAUAUUAUCAUUUGUUGGUGCAAUACAGCGUCGCUGAGCCGGAUGAAAACAAAAAUCUGACUGUUGGGCGCGAAAUGCACGAACUGCAUGCUUUCGUCAAACGUGUGCCACAGGCCAACGCAGAGCCAGAUAAGGAGGCGAUAUAUCGAAAAGAGGCGGCGUUGUAUGUAACACUCUUGCAGCAGUUACGCAGAUACUCCACCGUUGUCUGGUCGCCCCGCUGCUACUAUGCACGCGACGAUCUCAUAGUGCUCGAAGACUUGGAAAAGUUGGGUUAUGUCUUGUAUCCCAGAGCCGAAGCAUGCCUACCUGACCACUAUCUGCGAAAGGUGCUACGAGCUUUAGCUGCACAGCACGCAUCCAGUUUAGCGCUCGAACACAUAGAAGGCGUUUGUAUUGCCGACAUCUGCCCACAAUUAGACGAAGAGAUUACUGUGUCGCAUCGAGUGCCGUGGUACACCACAGGGCUACGUGCCAUUCGCACUUUAGUAACAUCACAAUUAGAAGCGCAACCAAUUUCGGUCCGGAAAUCCAUUGAAGCGCGCUUUGUGACUGCCAUUGCAAGCGUGUAUAGCAUGACCAAAAGCUCUGCUAAGUACCAGAAUGUGCUUUGCCAUCGUGAUAUUUGGCGCGGUAAUAUCUUCUUUAGCGACAAUACUUCGAAUGCGAAUCAGUGUUCGGUAAUAUUCGUGGAUUAUCAAACUGCGCGCUACUGUCCACCUGCCAUCGAUCUGAUAUACAUAUUGUUUAUGAACCUAGAUAAGGCUACAAGAAAAGCGGGUGAAAUGGAAUAUUUGCGCUUUUAUUACGAUUGUCUGGAGGGUGACUGUGUCGCCAAUGGAUUUGCGCAGACCGAUGUGCCGCUCUCUUUUUCCGAUUUAUUGGCAUCUUACUGGGAAUUUCAGUUUUUCGGUUUGCUUUACAGAGCGAUUGUCAGCACAAUUCUGCAUGUUCCACGCGCGAUUGUUACUAAUUUUUACGUUCAUGUGGAACGCACUGAAGCAGUAUUAAAACUGAUGGAAGAAUGUCCCGACUUUGGGAAGUAUAUGGAUGAACAAAUUUGUGACAUAUUGCAGUUUUUGAGUGAAGAAAGUUAAGAGAGAACUAGUCGCUUUUGAUUUUUGAUACAAAGCGAAAGUUCAAAAAUCAGGUCUUUUGUAUUUGUAAAAGAUAUUAAAGC